GAAACACUUCUCAUCUUCAAAGUGAUGAGGAGGAUCUUGAGCCUCCCUUGCCCCUGAGAUCUGUGGACGAGGUGCCAAACUACAGACCCCUUCCACCUCCUCACCAUCACAUGAAAAACUACGACCUCCAUCGCGUUAUGGAGGCCAGAUAUUAUCACUCUGCAGGAGGAGUGCAGAACAACAACCCCGGCCCCCUCAACGCGUACCCUCCUCAGCUACGUCACCACUGUGCUUCCUGCCCCCACAGGGACGGUACACAACACUGGCCUGGACGUGGCGACUACAGCCUGGCUCGGGGAAAUGUUUCAGUCAACGUGCCCCAGUUUUCCGCCCCCCCCCUGGAGGGUGCGGCACAGGUCAACGUGAUGAACUCAGAGGCGUCUUUCUCACAUCCUUACGAGAGAAGAAGAACCGUCAGUCUGCCCGAUGAGUGUCGAAACGUUUUUGUAACGUAUUCUUUGGACGUUUCCUCGGAGAUCGUCCCCUUUGGAGACUUCCUCACAAAGCAGGGUUUCCGACCAAUUUACAUUUUUGACGACCACAUCGGAGGUAUGGAUAUCAACAAGUGGGUGGAUGGUUACUUGAAAGAUCCAUCCAGCAUGAUUGUCAUCGCCAUCAGUCCAAAGUACAAGGCGGACAUUGAAGGAUCCGUCAUGGAUAGCCAUGGUUUACACACUAAAUAUAUUCACUCCACGAUACAGCAUGAAUUCAUCCACCAAGGCAGCUUGAAUUUUAGAUUCAUACCGCUUCUCUUCCCCAAUGCCUCACAGGAACAUGUUCCACGUUGGCUUCAGAACACGCGUGUUUACCGCUGGCCGCAGGACUCCGAGGAUUUGUUACUGCGGCUCCUCAAGGAGGAGCGAUUCAUUCCUCCUCCUGUUCCUCCGGAGCUCACCCUCAGCAUCCGACCUGUGACCCUCACAAGUGUGUAAAGACACACCUGCACUGUUUUGAUGUGUCUUUUAUAUUGCGUCUUCUGCAACUUGCGUAUUUUAAACUUUAAACAAGAAUGACCGAUACAUUAAAAUGACCACAGAGAGUAAAUUCUGAUUUGUCAAUUAUAAAACUCCACGGAUUAAGAAACCUUUGCUAUGGACAAAGUUUUGAUCUUGCAUUCAGCAAGACCAUUUUCCAUGGAAACAAUCAAAUAAUACAAAAAUCAAUCUAAUUUGAAAUGCAAUGUUUUAUUUUACAGUUUUGAUUCAUUUAAUAGGUAGCUCUAAAAUAAGUAAAUCAUAAAAACAUGCUAUUGGAUGUCAAUCAAAUGUAAAAGAAAAAAGGCAUUAGACUGUUGGUAAUUUGCUUUUAAUGGGUUGAGAGCGAAUGACUAAUUUAAUUGUUAAUUAGAGUAAAAACCUGCUGGAAGAAACUGUGA